AUGGCCGGCGGGAAGAGGAAUAGGUUGCAGGGUGCACCCCCAAAAUGGGCUAUCGUCCGUGGCAUGCUCCACAUGCGGCUGAAGGACGCCGCCACGGAGCUGAACGUCCCCAUCACCUACCUCCGGCGCCUCUGCCACCAGAACGGCUUCCCUAACUGGCCAGGAAAGAGGAUCCGGUACAUGAACGGUAUAGGGAGGAACCCGAUGCUGGAGGUAGAUGCGCCGGAGAGCUCGUCACGGCGGGCUGGGUUAGCUGGUCCUUCCCAGCUGGCCAAGGUCGCGGAGACCAAGAAGAAGGAGGAGGAGGCGACAACAUGA